AUGUGGUAUGGUGAACGUAUUGAAAAGAAGAGAAAGUCCAAGAAACCAAAAUUUUCUUUGUGUUGUGGACAAGGUCAAGUUCAGUUGCCAUUACUAAAGGAAUCACCAGAGAUCUUGAAAAGAUUGUUACAUGGUGAUGAUGAUAUCAGCAGCUAUUUUCGAGAAAAUAUCAGACAACUUAAUAUGGUUUUCUCUUUUACAUCUCUUGGGGGUAAAGUGGAUAGAUGUGUUCCUCAAGGACGAGGACCAAAAAUGUUUCAACUUCAAGGAGAAAACUAUCAUUUGAUGGGCAGUUUAAAGCCACAAGCUGGAGAAGAGCCCAAGUUUUCUCAACUCUACAUUGUUGACACAGAAAUCGAAAUUGAUAAAAGAGCUUCCAUUAUAGGGAAAUACAAGAAAAAGGCUGAUAAAGCUAAAAAAGAGAGUCUGAGAAAGAAAGUCAUUGAGAUGAUAGUUCAGAUGCUAAACCAAGUUAACCCAUAUGUACAUCAGUUUCGUUCAGCAAGAGAUCGAUUCAAUACCAACUCUGGUGCUACAUUUCAUAUGAGGAUUGUUAGCUCUCGAGAAAAAGAUGGAAGGACAUAUGAUACUCCUACUGCAUCUGAAGUUGCUGCACUAAUUCCUGGGGAUUUUAAUUUGGAAAUGGAUAAAAGAGAUAUUGUUCUACAAGAGAAGCAAACAGGAUGGCUUAAACGGAUAAGUGAAAUACAUCCUUCCUACCUAGCACUACAGUAUCCUCUUAUCUUUGCAUAUGGCGAAGAUGGGUUCAGGCUUGGGAUUGAAAAAAGAGCUACAGAAGCUACUGCUAAACUGAAGAGGAAAAAUAUCAGUAUGAGACAGUGGUAUGCAUAUCGGAUUAUGGAAAGAGAUGGGGAAUCUCAUACACUUCUACACUCUAAAAGGCUAUUCCAACAGUUUCUGGUAGAUGGUUAUACAACCAUAGAAGCAAAUCGGUUGUCCUAUUUGAGGAUGAACCAGAAAAGCCUUAGAUCAGACAGCUAUGAUUCUAUUCAGCAGUCUGGAAACAAUGGGGAUAACGAUAUGCACGAGCAAGGAAGCCGCUUUUUGUUACCAGCCACAUUUGUUGGAGGACCAAGAUACAUGAAGAAUUUGUAUUUGGAUGCAAUGGCAAUAUGCAAAUACUAUGGAUUUCCAGAUCUUUUUAUAACUUUCACAUGCAAUCCUAAAUGGCCUGAAAUCACUAGGUAUGUUCAACCACGCAAGCUCACUCCUGACGACAGACCAGAAAUCCUAUGCAGGAUUUUUAAGGUUAAACUAGAUCGGCUAAUGAGCGAUUUAACUGAAAAAAAUCUACUUGGAAAGACUGUCGCAUCGAUGUACACAGUUGAAUUUCAGAAACGUGGUCUGCCCCAUGCUCAUAUUCUGCUGUUCAUGCAUCCUAAAUAUAAAUUUCCUAAAACAGAUGACAUUGACAAGAUCAUCUCAGCAGAAAUACCAGAUAAGGAUAAGGAACCAGAGCUGUUUGAUGUGGUGAAGGAUAUGAUGAUUCAUGGUCCUUGUGGGGCAGUUAACAUGAACUCGCCAUGCAUGGAGAAUGGUAAAUGUUCAAAGCUCUAUCCUAAAGAUUUUGUGGACAAAACUUCUGUGAACAGAGAAGGUUUUCCGGUUUAUAGACGGCGUGAACAGCCUGGUUGCUUUGUAGAGAAAAAUGGCUUCAAAUGCGAUAACAGAUACGUUAUACCCUAUAACAAGAAAUUAUCUGUUCGGUAUCGAGCUCAUAUUAACGUGGAGUGGUGUAAUCAGACUGGUUCCAUUAAAUACUUAUUUAAGUAUAUUAAUAAAGGUGCAGAUCGUUGUACUGUUUCUGUUGAGCCAUCAGAAAAAGGAGCUACUGGAGUUGAAAAAAAAAAUGAGAUAAAAAACUUCUUCAACUGCAGAUAUGUUUCGGCCUGUGAAGGGGCAUGGAGGACUUUAAGUUUUCCUAUCCAUUAUCGAUCGGUGCCUGUUGAGCGAAUGCAGUUUCACCUACCAGGGAAGCAGAUUAUUAUUUUCAAAGAUGAUGACACUUAUGCUGAAGUCACAAAUCGUGAGCUUAUAGAAAAUACUAUGUUCACUGGAUGGUUUGAUCUGAACAAGGUUAGUGCUGUUGCCAGAAGACUUACUUUAGCAGAAAUUCCAACAAUGUUCACUUGGAAUAAGAAGGAGAAAAAGUUUUAUGAUAGACAGAAAGGAUUCAGUAUUGGUAGGAUCAAUUAUGCCCCAAGGAAGAUUGAAGAAGCUUUCUAUUUGCGUGUUCUGCUAAACAUAGUCAGAGGUCCAAGGGAUGAGGAGGAGGUUCGAACCUUUAAUAAUGUUGUUUAUCCCACAUUUAAGAGGGCCUGUUUUGCAAGGGGCUUACUAGACAAUGAUCAAGAGUAUAUAGAUGACAUUAUGAGGACGAGUUUCACUGAAUCAGCUGCACAUUUGCGUCACACUUUUGUUAUUAUGCUGAUGUCUGGUAGUUUGUCAGAGCCAGAGGUCGUUUGGGACAAUACAUGGGAGGUUUUAUGUGAUGACAUCGAGUACAAGCGUAGAAAGUUAUUAAACAGACCAGAUCUCUGUUUAAGUGCAGCAGAAAAACAACAGUUUGCUCUUCUUGAGAUCGAAAAAAUUUUAAAGAGUAAUGGAUUUUCAUUAGAGCAGUGGGAGUCUAUGCCAAAGCCAGAUCCAGAUAUUGUUGGAAACGACAAUGUGUUGAUUGCAGAUGAGCUGAGUUACGAUAGGGAGAAGCUGAAAGCUGAGCAUGACCGAGAUAUUGGAAAACUAACAGAUGAGCAAAGGAACAUUUAUGAAGAGAUUGUUGAUGCUGUUGUAAAUGAAAAAGGAGGUGUCUUCUUUGUCUAUGGAUUUGGAGGAACAGGUAAAACCUUCCUGUGGAGAUUGCUGUCUGCAGCUAUUAGAUGCAGGGGAGAAAUUUGUUUGAACACUGCAUCAAGUGGGAUAGCUUCUCUAUUGCUACAAGGAGGAAGGACAGCACAUUCUAGGUUUGGAAUACCAAUAAACCCAGAUGAGUUUUCUACAUGCACACUAAUUCCAGGAAGUGAUCAAGCUAAUUUGGUGAAAGCAGCAUCUCUAAUCAUUUGGGAUGAAGCACCAAUGAUGAGCAGACACUGUUUUGAAUCUUUGGACAGGAGUAUGAAAGACAUUUUGGGGAACAAAGACGGGAGGCCUUUUGGUGGAAAAGUUGUUGUGUUUGGAGGUGAUUUUAGACAAAUAUUGCCCGUCAUACAUGGUGCUGGACGUCCAGAAAUUGUACUGGACUCUCUUAAUUUGUCAUAUUUAUGGAAGCAUGUUAAGUUGAUGAAGCUAACGAAGAAUAUGAGGCUGCUUUCUGAAAACCUGUCUGCUGAAGAAGCAAAGGAAUUGAAGGAAUUUUCAGAGUGGAUUUUAGAUGUUGGAGAUGGAAAACUCGGAGGAGAUAAUGAUGGAGAAGUUGUAAUCAAUAUCCCAGACGAGUUUCUUAUCACUGAUGUAGAUGAACCAAUUGAAGCUAUUAGCAAAGCAGUGUAUGGUGAUGUUGUUUCCUUGCAACAUAAUAGAGAGGCAAAGUUUUUCCAAGAAAGAGCCAUUUUGUGUCCCACCAACGAAGAUGUUAACAGGAUUAACCAGCACAUGUUGGAUAAACUACCAGGAGAAGAAAGGAUUUACUUAAGCUCUGACUCGAUUGAUGCUUCUGAUAGAUUUUCAAAAAAUGACCAGGCUCUAACUCCCGAUUUCUUAAACACCAUCAAGGUUUCUGGGUUGCCAAAUCACAGUCUUCGUUUGAAAGUCGGAUGUCCAGUGAUGCUGCUUCGAAACAUCGAUCAUACAAACGGUUUGAUGAAUGGCACAAGACUCCAGAUUACAGAGUUGGAUGAUUUAUUUGUAAAGGCGAGAGUUAUCACAGGAGAAAAGGUGGGGAAAACCGUGGACAUUCCUAGACUUUCUAUUACACCUACUGAUAAGAAAUUGCCUUUCAAGAUGAGGAGGAGGCAGCUACCUAUUGCAGUUGCAUUUGCUAUCACAAUUAAUAAGAGUCAGGGUCAAUCGCUAUCCCAUGUUGGUUUGUAUCUACCAAGAGAUGUGUUUUCUCAUGGACAACUAUAUGUGGCUGUUUCCAGAGUUACAUCAAAAAAAGGAUUGAAGAUUUUGGUUGUUGAUGAUCAGGGAAAGCCUAAGCGUGAGACAAAAAAUGUUGUUUUUAAAGAGAUCUUUCAGAAUCUCUAACCUGAAUGUUUAGUUUCUUGUGUAGUUUGCUGUGUUUUCGAGAUGUUAACUUAUUUCAUAAUUUCUUUCAGAUGUUUUAAC